AUGCUAGCGAACUUUUUACGAGAAUACAAUAUCAACCGGUUAUAUUUAUCAAUCACGGGGCAUUGGCCAUUUCAAAGUUGGCUUACAAGAAAUUUACUGCAGACCUUCUAUUUUCUGCUUGAAAUAAGUUACUGUCUGUUCGAGAUAUUAUUAUUAUAUGAUCACUGGGGCGACGCGCAAAUGAUUUUUGAAGGGGGUUAUCAAUUUGUCAUUUCGAUCUCUUUUCUUGUAAGAAUGAUAAAUGAGUUUUUUAACUAUAACAAGUUUCGACAAUUAUACGAGGCUAUCGAUGAGCAUUGGGAUAUAUUUACAAGCGAUGUAGAAGUUCAAGUUUUGAAAGACUAUUCUGAUCUGUCGCGAAAAUUUACAAAAUAUUAUUCGAUAUUAUUGUAUGUUAUGACAUCGGGAUUUAUAGUAGUACCGUUAACACCGAUGUUUUUGGAUAUUGUGUUGCCUCUUAAUGAGUCCCGUCCGCGAUUCCUCGCGACUGAAGUUGAAUUCAGAGUGGAUAAAGAUGAGUAUUUCGUACCAAUUUUCUGUUAUACCACCGUUAUAAUAGUAUUGGGUAUGACUAUUGUAGUGAGUGUUGACACGAUGCAUAUCACAUGCACUACUCAUGCUUGCAGUUUAUUUGCGGCUGUUAGUAAACAGUUUGAAAGCAUAAACAUUUUAAAAAUAGAGAAUAACAGUAAAACCAGAAAAUAUAGAUAUCACGUGAAUACAUUUGAUACGUCAAAUGAGGAAAUGAUAUAUCGAGAAUACAUAAUGUGUUUGAAGAAACAUCAGCUUGCUAUAAAAUUUGCUGAUACGUUAGAAUCGUCGUAUCGAGAGCUUUCAUUAUUUUUAUUAGUAAUAUUUAUUGGAAUUUCAAGUCUAACUGGAAUUCGAAUGGUUUAUGUGUUAGAUCAAUUAAAAGAAGUAGCAAGAUUCAUGUUUAUAAUCAUGGCAGCAUUGCUGGUUCUGCUGACUGUAUGUUAUUCCGGUCAGAAAUUAAUGGAUGAAAGCCAGAAUAUAUUUUAUCAAGCAUAUGCGGUAGAAUGGUACGACUUCUCGCCUAGAUUAAAAUCUCUACUGAUUAUACUUCUUUACAGAAGCAGUGUACCGUGCAGAUUAAAGGCAGGUAAUAUGAUUCCAUUAUCGAUAGCGACUUAUGCAUCGGUAAUACAGAUGGGUGUAACUUAUUUUACGGCAUUUUUAUCACUCAAAGAUUGACUAUCAAAAUUCAGUUAAUUCAUUGAUGUCUUCGUUUGAUUUCUUCGUUUCAAUAAAUUGUAGUAAAG